ACACAAUCUGAUGUCGAUGUCCUGGCAGUACAACCCCAAGCUGCGUCCCAGCUUCCAGGAGAUCAUUGAGAUGCUCCACGAGGACCUUCACCGGUCCUUCCAGGAGGUCUCCUUCUACUACAGCCAGGAGAACAAGCCUCCGGAGCAGGAGGACUUUGACCUGGACAUGGACAACAUGGAGAGCAUUCCCCUAGACCCAUCCUCUUACUCUCAGAGAGGGGACCACAGUUCCUCUUACUCUCAGAGAGGGGACCACAGUUCCUCUUACUCUCAGAGAGGGGACCACAGUUCUUCUUACUCUCAGAGAGGGGACCACAGUUCCUCUUACUCCCAGAGAGGGGACCACAGCUCUGAGCGGGACGAGGCGGGUUCGUCACUGGGGUUGAGACAAAACAACUACGAGGAACACAUCCCGUACACACACAUGAACGGGGGAAAGACUAACGGACAACAGACACUAGCCCUCCCUCGGUCUAGUCCCUCCUAACAGAACAUUAAAUGGGGUAAGGGUCUAGUCCCUCCUAACAGAACAUUAAAUGGGGUAAGGGUCUAGUCCCUCCUAACAGAACAUUAUAUGGGGUAAGGGUCUAGUCUCUCCUAACAGAACAUUAUAUGGGGUACGGGUCUAGUCCCUUCUAACAGAACAUUAAAUGGGGCAAGGGUCUAGUCCCUCCUAACAGAACAUUAAAUGGGGCAAGGGUCUAGUUCCUCCUAACAGAACAUUAUAUGGGGUAAGGGUCUAGUCCCUCCUAACAGAACAUUAAAUGGGGCAAGGGUCUAGUCCCUCCUAACAGAACAUUAAAUGGGGCAAGGGUCUAGUCCCUCCUAACAGAACAUUAUAUGGGGUAAGGGUCUAGUCCCUCCUAACAGAACAUUAAAUGGGGUAAGGGUCUAGUCCCUCAUAACAGAACAUUUUAUGGGGUAAGGGUCUAGUCCCUCCUAACAGAACAUUAU